UGACAUAGGUUGUGGCUACCCAACUGAUUUAAAAAAAAUUGCUGAAGUUUUAAAACCCACACUCUUGCCAAAGAAGUGUUGAAUAGUUAUUUUUUCGUAACCAGAGAAUUUUGGGACAAAAAAGUCUCGCAUCUACACCUUCCCGCCUUUUUCUGUUUCUCAAUUACAUCUUAGGAUCAGAGAUUAAUGAUAUUUUGACCACAUUUUACCCCUAGCCCCUCCCCCAUCGUGCCCAGAAUAGUCCAGAACAAAGGUUUGCCAUAUUUGGCACGUUAUUAGUACGCAGCCGCGUAACAACUGUCAGUGAAUCAAAACGUCCUACUGAAAAAUUCUAACUGUGUAGUCCUCAACCAAGCGAAUGGCUUAUUGUGUUAUGGAUGAUUGAUUGCGUGUCUUUUUCCUCGAUGGCAUGUUAAAUUUCUUCUUAGCCUCACUGGUUCGUGAAAUGCCUCCAGUGUGCCGAGAUUUGACGUGCUCUGAGCAGAUCCAUUGACAUGGAGAAAGUUCAAGUUGAAGUCAAGAUUGAACUCGGACACAAAGCUUCUUGUAAGAAAAACCCUAGUCCUGACGGAUUUACACACGACUGGCAAGUUUUUGUGCGAGGACCAGGGAGGGAUGACAUUUCCCAUUUCGUAGAGAAGGUUGUGUUUCACUUGCACGAAAGUUUUCCCAAGCCGAAGCGAGUUUUGAAGAAUCCUCCAUAUGCUGUCUCUGAACAUGGUUAUGGAAGCUUUUUCCUUCCCAUUGAAGUCUACUUUAAAAACAAAAUAGAACCAAGGAAAUUACAGUUUGACUAUGAUCUCAUCCUUCCUGCCUUUGGCUCCUUGCCGAUUGAUAACAUUCGAAGUGAGGCAUUAACUUUCACAAACCCUACUGAUGAAUUUAAAAGAAAGCUGGUGAAAGGUGGAGGGAUUGUCACAAAAACAACCACAACAAAUGGAUUUCACAGUUCAUCUCCCCCUGUGAAUGGAUCAAUAUCUGAACAGACCACAGAGACCAAAGACACCCAAGUGACAAACAGCCUUGUGGCUGACGUUCGUGUUAAUCCUCAAGUUUCAUCACUAGCACAAGAUCUUGAUAAGAACAAAAAAUUCAAACAUGAAGGUGCAAUAGCCAACAAGACUCUCAAAACGCAAGAGGCGGCAACACCAGGACUUAAAAGAUCAGCCAGUACAUCAGGAACAGAGGAAACACAAGUGCAGCUGGUUAAAAAAAAGAAAAAGAAACACGAUGAAGCCAUUGCAAAGCCAGGGAAAGGAGUGGGGUUCAUCCCCUUAGAACUGCCAGGUGCUAGUAAUGAAAGUAAGGACAGAUUGGAAGAAAUGAAAGAUAUCAAGCUAAAAAUAAAAUCACUGUCCUCUAAGAGUCCUGCCACAGACAAAAAGAAGAAUCGGCAAACCUCAUUAGAGACUGGAUUAAAUGAGGGAGUACCCAGCAGUUCUAAGGGAAGAGAGUUUACAUCAUCCAAGAAAGUGAAGAAGAAAUCUCCCAAGGAAGAUAUGAAACCAUCUAAACCAGAGGAAAAGAAAGUUGAGAAGAUCACGUUUCGGCGUCGUGGCUCUGGAGACAGCUGGUCAAGUAGCACUUCAAGUUCAAGUCUAUUAGGAAAUUUAGGUGGAAAUAUAAACGUGGCACUUGAUAAACUUAUGGCAGACCUAAGUGAUGAGGAUGAUGAUGAUGAUGGCAAUAGUGGUGACAUUUCUACCCCAUUUCAAUCUAAAACGGUAAACACAGGAACAACACAGAAGUCCGUUUCAGAGAUUAGUGGUACAACACAAAAUAAAGACACUGGCAAUAAGGUCAAGACAAAAAGCAGCUCUCAAGGGAAAAAGUCAGAAGGGAAGAAGAAUGAACUGAAAAGUCCUACCAACAAGAAUGUCUCAGCAAAGCAAAGCCCAAAACAACGACAAAAAGACCUAAAGAAAGGAAGCAAUGGACAGCGAACACCUUCAUCUGACUUAAUUCAACUGUACAAGCGUCUUGUAGCCUUGAAAGACUCAACUCUCCUUCAAAAAAUAGCAGACAUUUUAGAGAAAACAGGCCAUUUUGUACUUACAGAAACAACACUGGACUUUGACUUGUGCAGUUUGGACAAAACAACCAUAAAAAAGAUUGAAAAUUCCAUCAGCAGAUAACAUUACCUGGAGAAGCUUAGAGAUAUCACAUGCCACAGAGGGAGAAUUUUGGGGAAGCCAUCCUCAUCUCUUUCACCAGUUUUCCUUAUUGGCCUUGGGUUGUACGAG